AUGGGAAUAGUCUUCACGCGGCUGUUCUCGUCAUUGUUUGGAAACAAAGAAGCUCGGAUCCUCGUUCUAGGGCUUGACAAUGCCGGAAAAACCACCAUUCUUUAUCGACUUCAGAUGGGUGAGGUAGUAUCCACCAUUCCAACAAUUGGGUUCAAUGUUGAGACUGUGCAAUACAACAACAUAAAGUUUCAAGUUUGGGAUCUAGGUGGACAGACUAGUAUCCGGCCAUAUUGGAGAUGCUAUUUUCCCAAUACCCAGGCCAUUAUAUAUGUUGUUGAUUCAAGUGAUACAGAUAGGUUGGUGAUUGCUAAAGAAGAGUUUCAUGCAAUAUUGGAGGAGGAGGAGCUAAAAGGUGCUGUGGUUCUCUUAUUUGCUAACAAACAGGAUCUUCCUGGAGCACUCGAUGAUGCUUCGAUAACUGAGGCCUUAGAGUUGCACAAGAUUAAGAACCGACAAUGGUCUAUUUUCAAAACUUCUGCCAUCAAAGGAGAAGGCCUCUUUGAGGGCUUGGACUGGUUGAGUAAUACGCUUAAAUCUGGAGGUGGCUAG